AUGCCCUCAUCAAACCAACACUUACUCAACACCUCGUGGACCCUUCAUCGUCUCUCGCCCCUCCACCAUGGCAAAGAAUAUCAAUCCCUACUCGACAACCCUGUCGCAUUGAAUACCUACGCGACGCGACUCCGCGACCAACUGACCGGAAACGCCGUCUCGAGUAUCUCAACCACCGCCGCAGACGACGAGUCCCUGUCUCGAACCGGCGCGCUGAAAUCCUGCGUCUGGGAGAUCCUACCUAGCCUUUCGCUCCUUGAUACCUCGACAACCGCUUCAACUGCUCUUGAUCACCCCAUUGCGGCGGGCAUUUCCGUGACCCUGGAAUACGAGAAUAUCACAUACAAAGCGGCCCUCCUUGCGCCCCUCCCGGGGGACGAUGAUCGGCGCAAGGCCAAAGGCAAGGGGAAGGCAACGGAGACCACAUCUACGUCGACGGACCUCCCCCUCCUCAUGACGCGCUUCCCGAACCCCCUCCGCCAAACCUUCUUAUCCUUCCUCUCUGCCAACUUCGACACCUACGUUUCGAACCUCCGCCUCUCGUCGAAUUUCAUGUGCUCGGCGCUAGAAACAUACCUCCGUGUUUUGAACCUCGCGUAUCAUGACCCCGAAUCCGAACCGGCGCCUGAUCGUCGCGUCCAACGCCAGAUCCUCGAAGACCUCGUCAAAGAGCUACAGCUUACCAUCGCGUUUUCGCCAGCCGUCGCGCCCGCGCUACGCUCGCUGAACGUGAAUGUGCCGCGGGCGUCGCUGGGACGGAUUCUGUUGCCAGCGCGUCCAGGGGCCGGGUCCGAGUCGUCUGUCCUGAAGGGUCUGUCGGAUUAUAUUCGCGAGCAGUUGGCGAUGGAUUUGGAUCUUGCGGGGGAUUCGGAGAAUUCGGCGCUUGUGAAGCAGCAUGUGCGCGUUUCGAAGAUCGCGUGUGCGGGGUUCAAUAUUGCGGGUGAGGGGAGGUUGAAGUUGGUUGGACUGCCGUCGACGGGGAGAUCGCGAGAUGGGGAGGAAGGAGGAGAUGAUGAUGGAGAAGGGGGUGGUUUGAGCGAGAAGAGGAGGCUCGGAUUACAAGCCAAUGAGGCUUUGCUUCGUGCUGUUAUUCGCAGGGCUACUGCGAGUGGGGAGGGCCAGGCAUCGUGA